AUGGGUUGGCUCUGGGCUUCGCCGUCUCCCCCCAAGUCUCCCGCGCCGGGACAAGCUUCCCAAGCUCCCGCGUCGACCCCGCCAUCAUCGAGUACAGCGUCGAAUGAUUCCGACAUUGACCCCGAGAUCCAGAAGUUCAUUGCCAUGUUCCAGUCAGAGGGCAAGCAGGAAGAGCCAGCAGCUCCCCAGCCGACACCAUCUUCAUCAACGGCGCCCUCCAAAUCGUCAUCAUCCACGUCCUCAUGGUUCUCACUCAAGUCCUCCCCCAACUCCCCCUCACAAACCAACAACCGCACGAUCACGCCACCCGCCGACCCCAAUUCUGUCUCCGAAACCCUCCUCCCAACAGAGAUGUCCUGCCGCCAGGCCUUCGACAUGGCCUUCCACUGCCAGUCCGUCGGCGGCCAGUGGAACCACAUCUACCGAUACGGCACGAUGCGAUCAUGCAGCGAACACUGGGAGGACUUUUGGUUCUGCAUGAGGAUCAAGAGUUACACAGGAACGAUGAAGGAGGAGGCAAUAAAGGCGCACUACCGCCAGAAGGAGCACGACAAGUAUGGUGAUGGCAAGCCGAACAGUGAGGAUAUUUGGCAGGCGAGGACAACCAAGGUCCCGCCGGGCACAGCCUUUACGGAGAAGUUUGAGGAGCCGACACUCGACGACGAGGAAUGGCAAAGUAUGGAGAUGGAUAGGCGACGUCAAAUCAGGACGGGUCUGGGCAUUGAAGGAGCAUCUGCAUGA